AUGUUGACCGUCAAUUGGUGGAUAAAUGUCAUUACACCGUGUACGAUUAUAGUUACGAUCGCCUAUUAUUUCUGCGUAUCGACCUUUAAGAAAUGGAAAAAGCUCAAAGUACCUUACAUUAAGCCGAUCCCGUUGUUUGGAAACUUUUUUAAUGUAAUUUUGGGAAAGGAACAUCAUUUGGAAUUUUACGACAAAAUCUAUCACAAGUUCGCCGGUCAUAAAUAUGCAGGAGUGUACCAGAUGAGGACGCCUUAUCUAAUGAUUAUCGAUCCAGAAAUAAUCAACGACGUGCUAAUAAAAGACUUCUCGACUUUCCCCGACCGUGGUUUUCACUCGGAUUUUAAGGCCAAUCCGUUGUCGAACAACCUGUUCCUCAUGGAAAAUCCUCAAUGGAAAAUAAUAAGAAACAAACUGACGCCCGCUUUCACGUCGGGAAAGCUCAAGGUAAUGUACGAUCAGAUCAAAGAGUGCGGCGAAGAACUGAUGAAAAACAUCGAUAUCGAUUUAAAUAAAAACAACAACGAAAUAGAAGUACGGGACAUCAUGGGAAAGUAUUCGACCGACGUCAUCGGCACUUGCGCUUUUGGGCUCAAGUUGAACUCUAUAAACGAUGACGAAUCCCCAUUUCGUAAAUAUGGCAAAACAAUAUUCGCACCUUCACUAAGAAUGAUCUUCAAAGAACUGUGUGUGAUGAUAAGCCCUGAGCUUUUGAAAGUCGUAAAAGUGAAAGAUUUGCCAAAGGCCUCGAGUGACUUUUUUCACGCGGCUUUUAAAGAGACGAUGACAUAUAGACUGGAAAAUAAAAUAGUCAGAAAUGACUUCGUCCAUUGUUUAAUGCAAGCCAGAAAUGAUUUAGUUUUGAACACAGAUUUACCUAAACAUGAAAAAUUUACCGAAUCACAAAUCGUAGCAAAUGCUUUUGUAAUGUUUGCGGCUGGUUUUGAAACUGUAUCUACUACCGUGAGUUAUUCUUUGUAUGAAUUAGCAUUAAAUAAAUCUAUUCAAGACAAAGUACGGGAAGAGAUUCAACUAAAACUGUCGAAAAAUGACGGACAAAUUAAUCAUGAGUUUUUAAUGGAUCUUCAUUACUUGGAUAUGAUUAUUGCAGAAACACUCCGCAAGUAUCCUCCACUGAUUUUUUUGUCAAGAAAAGCAUCACAAAAAUAUCGAUUACCCAACGAUUCAUUAAUAAUUGAAAAGGGCCAAAAAAUAAUAAUUCCAACUUAUGCAAUGCAUCACGAUAGUAAGUAUUACCCGGAGCCUGAAAAGUUUAUUCCUGAAAGAUUUUCGGCUGAAGAAAAAGCAAAGCGGCCAAAUGGUAUUUAUCUGCCAUUUGGUGAUGGACCUCGAAUUUGUAUAGGAAAACGUUUCGCAGAGAUGGAAAUGAAAUUGGCAUUUGUGGAAAUGUUAACCAAAUUUGAAGUAUUUCCAUGUGACAAAACGGAAAUUCCUCUAAAAUAUUCUAAAAAGACUUUCACAUUGAUGCCAGAACACGGAAUUUGGUUAACAUUUAAAAGAAUUAAUUAA